UAAUAUUACCACAAGUAAAACAGCUGUAAGUCAUCUCACUAUAAAAAAUACAGUGGCAAUACAGAGAACCAAACCAAAAUAAACUUCUAUAAGUGGACCACAGGUCUGUGUGUGUGUAUCAGAUAGUGGUCCCCUCACAGUAGCAGCUGUUGCGCAGUAACCAUUAGAGUGACAUUUCCUCUGACUGUCCAGUCAUAACACACACGGAGAGACUGGAACACCGCAUCCUUGAACACGACAUCGUGUUUCAUCUCACUGCUCAUCUGUAGCCUGGGCUCGGAACACUACCUGUGGAGGGAAACCUGACAAAAAACAGAGAGAAAAGCAGAGAAUAAUGAUGUAAUAUCUUAUGUCAUAAAAUAACAUAUACUUUAUCUUAUAUGCAUGAAUAAACGUAUGAGGCCAUAAGACACACGUCCAUCUACAGGUCAUUUGCCCUGCUGUCGGUUUCCAAGGUGAAAGGCGGAGGGGACUAUAUUGAAGCCUCCACUCACUGAACCGUCGUGCGUCAACGCGGCAGCGCCAAUGGCGUGCACGCCUCCUGUUGCGCCAAGUAUUAAAGGCACUCUCUCUGAUUUGGAGUCUCUGGUUCAGUUUAACUCCGCUCCGUGCCGAAGUAACACCCAGCAAAUGCUUCGUCUUCACCCAAAACACAGCGAGCCUACGCUUUAACGCAUCGAAGAGCAAAACAAGAAAUGGAUUUCAAUGUCACUCUGUCGGAGCGCGACUUCGUCGGCUGGAGCGCACUGGCACGGAGACUUUUUGGGAAUCAAUCUUUGGCUCCGUUUGACAACAUGACCGCCGCUUCCAAAACCGAAGAGGAGGAGGAGGACUUGGAGGUGAACACGGACAUUUACUCCAAGGUGGUCGUCACUGUCAUCUACGUGGCCCUGUUCGCGGUGGGCUGCCUGGGCAACUCCAUCACUCUGUACACUCUGCUGACCAAGAAGACCUUACAGAACCUGCAGAGCACCGUGCACUACCACCUGGCCAGCCUCGCCGUGUCUGACCUGCUCAUCCUGGUCCUCUCCAUGCCCAUCGAGCUCUACAACUUCAUCUGGUUCCACCACCCGUGGGUGUUCGGGGACGCGGUGUGCAGGGGCUACUACUUCCUGCGGGACAGCUGCUCGUACGCCACCGCGCUCAACAUCGCCAGCCUGACGGUGGAGCGCUACAUGGCCAUCUGUCACCCGUUCAAGGCGAAGAGCAUCAUGUCCCGGAGUCGCACCAAGAAGCUGAUCAGCGCCAUGUGGCUCGCGUCCUUCGCGCUGGCCACGCCGAUGCUCUUCAUCAUGGGUCAGGAGAUGCGUAACGGAGAGAAGAUAUGCACGGCGGUCGUCUCCCUGGUCACCAUGAAGACGGUUCUUCAGGUGAAUGCGUUCCUGUCCUUUGUGGUUCCCAUGGUGGCCAUCUCUGUGCUGAACGGAGUCAUAGCCAAUCAGCUGCUGCGGAUGUUCCGCGAGGCAGAGCAGGAAAACCGCGUCUGCAUCAUUGGAGGAAAUCCCACCACUCUAAAUGUCACAGUGGAGCCCAACCGUGCCCAGUCACUGCGCCAAGGAGUCCUUGUUCUACGAGUCGUGGUCGUCGCCUUCGUGGUCUGCUGGGCUCCUUACCACGCUCGCCGCCUCAUGUUCAGCUAUGUUUCCGACUGGUCCGAUGACCUGUACGACUUCUACCACUACUUCUACAUGGUGACCAACGUGCUCUUCUACGUCAGCUCAGCCAUCAACCCAAUCCUCUACAACCUGGUGUCGGCCACCUACCGCCAGAUCUUUUUCUCCACACUGCGCUACUUCUUCAUGCCUUGCAGACACCCGCCUAGGAGGCGCCCCUACCCCCUGACCCGACACUCCAUCAGCAUCUCCAGCAACCACACGCUCUCCACCAAUAUCAUCAAAGAGACGGCCUACUGAUCACGGCUGGAUUGGAGGAAACGGCUGUACGGGAAAGACGAACUGCUGCUACUUUGACUUCACUGAACUCAUUUUAAUCUGGAGUCAGAGUCAUUAAGUCAAUCCUGACCCAGAGCUUUGGUCACAUGACACUUCAGUUGUGGUUAAUUGUAUCAAUGUGAGGCAUGCUAUUUUCUUGUUAAAUCUAUAAAGAAUUGACAUAAAUUGAGAUAAAGAAACAAAUAAAGAAUAUAAAUAUAUAAAUGGUUUGUACAGAAUAUUACCAAAUAUAUGUCUUUAUGUGAUUCUGACGUUGACAUUUGCUUGGUGCUGCAUCACUAAAAUCACUUUUUGUUUCAAUGUUUAUAAAAAUAGGAGAAUAUGUUUAAAAAAGACAAUAUAGUAAAAAGGUUAUACUGCAAUAUGCAACACCACAGCAUUUUCAUUAAUGGCGGUUAACUUUCCCAAAAUCUGCUGACUUCAACGUUUAAAUAUUUGUCCUGGUCCUUUUUAUAUAUUUCCUUGAAAGAACAGUCAUAGAACAGAAAGCAGAUUUCAUUUUUGUCGACUCUUGCACGUAGAUUUUGCAGCAUUUCCAGUAGUGUUUUCUGUGACAUAUUUGUACAUUCAGAAGAGUUUUUUUUUCGUGUUAAAAGCUAAACAAAAUACAGUACAAUCUUUAAUAAGAAAUGGCAUAAUUUAACAUUUAACUGGGAACAGCGCCCUCUGCUGGAGGGCUGCAAUGUACGCGAUAUCCUGAACUGUAACUGUAUGAUUGUUUAAUUAGAUUCAAACAACCAGUAACACAUUGUUACAACAUCGUCAUCUUAACUCAGGACAGCACAACUUGAUCUAAACAGUAAAUAUUUUGAAUGUAUAGAUUGAUUUUAUUGACUAUUAUGUUUAACAAAUAUACUUUUGCAUAUAUCACUUGUGUAUAAUCAACGAUUGAACACUGACAGUUCCACAGCGUUACAUUUUUGACACUGGUAAUGCGAGUGCCUGCAGAUGGACUCGACCUUAAGGAAGAGAAAGAAGGUUGUGUAAUGUGAAUGAUCUUUUCAACUUCUGCUGAAAAACUUUGCUGCAACCAUUUUUAAAGACCAAUGAGUCAGAAAGACUUGUUGACGUUUAUGUGUCAGUGAUGUUUUUCUGUUAAACUUGAAAGGAUGUUCCUGUACAUAGCCGAGAUCUAUCAAAAGUUUCAAUGAACUGAGUUACAAACACUGCAGUAUAAUGUUUUGAGGACCCUGGGGCAUACAGCACUUGAGAACAAUAUGAAGAAUUAUUGACUUUGUAGAGCCCUUUGUAUAUCAUCGUAUAGAGUUGCUAUGGCUACAGUACAGUCUGUUGAUGGAAGAGCAUGCAUUAAUCAACUCCAAGUGCAUUCAUUCAUUUGUUUGCUUCAAACAAUUUAAGAAGUAAUGUGAUGUUCUUGUGUUUUAACCACUUAAAACCUAUCCUUAAAUAAAGAUUUAGUUGUUUAUUCCGUAAGUAAUGUCAUUAUCAAAAGACAAGAGGACAAAUGAUCCAUUGCAGCCUGUUGAGUUGUAUGGCUGUUGUGGAAUCAGCCAAGCAGUUUUAUACUUAACCUAAUGUUUGGGGGGUUCAAAAUGUCAUUACAAGUGCAAUGCAACCAUUAAUCUUAUACAGACUCUGGAUGUUUAUUUCAUUGCUUAAAUAAGUUUCAUGCAUUUACCUUUAAUUAUAGCACAAAGUUGGUGUUGGUGUUUGUCUGUAUAAAACGAGCUGUCCCAGUAAUGACCAUAAUAAACCAAGUGAUCCUAAGCCCCUAAAUGCUGAUUGGACUGGCAUACAUAAUAGCUGCAUACCUGCUUUCACACCAGUCUAACAUAGAUGCCCACUGUGUAGGUCUACAUGUAGAUCACAAAGGGAGUGCUGGUAUAUCAUAAGCAAUUUAAAACAAAAUAACCACGUACUGUAAGAAUUGAAUCAUUUGGGCCACAGAGCUACAUGUAUUAAAUCAGAACCCCAACAUAUAAUGUACAUAAAAAAAUCUUUAUUUUACAGGAAGCCAUUUUUAUUUCUCACUUUAGCCAUUAGUCUUUUUAUUAGUAGCUCCAAAGCCAAAAAACACAGUGAUUAUGCUCAGAGGUGCCUCAUUAGGCAAUGAUUGAUAUUGCUUUGCACUUGUCAUGAUAUUUUGAGCAAAUUAAGCCCUUUGAAUGUACAACAUAUACUGUAAGUUACUGGCAAUUAACAAAAAUUCCAUGGUUGGAUGGAAUGACAUGUAUUGAUUCAAAGUGCAGUUCUAUUUGUGUUGGCAGUAAAGACACUGAAUCUGCCAUUAAAAGUAUUUUUGAAGUAUUUGUACAUACUGUAGCAGUGUCAGUGGUGACCGUGUUGAUUGUUCAUUCACCUACUGUACUUUGAGAUGUAGAUGUUAAACUGUAGAGGUUAUCGUUGUGAUGUUAGUGGCGAUGUUUUCAUUUGCAGUGUUUAGAUCUGAACAUUGUUUUGUCAAACAGCAAACUGAGCCUUUGAAAAGUGGAGGCACUUUGUAUUUUUCUAAACGGCCACCAGGGGCUAAGUAAUUAUUUUGCAUGUAUGUGUAUAUGACAUUUCUACUUGCGUGUUAUCUGGUGUUUUACCUUAUUGGUAUUGCAUGCUAAUCUUAUAUGGUUGUUAAUUAUUCACUCAUGUCUGUGUCAGUUGGUGUAUUUUGUUUGAUUUAAGAAAAUACAGUUACAGUUACACUGCCUGUUUGCAUUUGUUCCUCAAGUUCCAAUCGGUUCUGCUGACUCACAUGACACUUGAUUACUCACUUAUAAAUGUUGACAUUAUUGACCACCAUACUCUAAAUGGAUGUAACAAUGGAUGGGCAGUGGUGGCUUAACACUUAAGGCAGCGGACUUGGGUCUGGAAGGUUGCAGGCUGCAGGUUCGAAUCCAAGCCAAGUUACCACUGAGGUGCUCUGAGCACGUCACUGUCCCCACACUCCUGUUCACCUUGGUGAUGGACUAAACGCAGAGGUCACAUUUGGUUGUGUGCAGUGGAGAGCUGGGUACAAGUAGUUCACUUUCCUUUAAACCUCUUGCAAAGCUCAAAUAAAAGUAUUUUAAAGACAUUUGAAUAGUGCCGAGCAGCUACAGCAGCCUUCAUAUUUGACUUUUAAAUUCUCUAGUACUUAUCUGAGGUCUUUAGUAGCAGCCACAUGUUUUCUCACCUCACGUCCGCUUUAUGAAUUUUGAAAGUGGAAAAAAAUCCA